GCCCUCGCGCCGUGGACCGCAAAGUUUGUCCGCGCGAGUUCCCCAGACAGCACCCGGCUCCGCUCUGCACCCUGUUAGCGCCGCGGGACUGGGGGACGCGGAUGCACCGCUGGUCCCGCGCCCACCUCGGCACCCGGAGCCCCGCGCGCCCACGCUCCCCGAGCGCCGUCCUGCGCCGCCGUCCCCUCGCCAUGGCGCGUGGCCCCACGCGGACCGGUCGGGGGCCCCAACUGCUGCUGCCGCUGCUGCCUCUGCUGCUGCUGCUCCGGGACGGGGGCUGCAGCCACUCGUCCUGGCCCUUGCCGCCAGCGGCCGCCUAUAGCCUGCAGGAAUCGACCCCAGGGGACGCGGCCGCUGCCGUCCUGGGCCCCGGCGCCCGGGACAUGGUCGCUGUCCACAUGCUCCAGCUCUAUGAGAAGUACAGCCGGCGUGGCGUGCAGCCGGGAGGCGGCAACACGGUGCGCAGCUUCCGAGCCCGGCUGGAGGUGGUCGACCAGAAGGCUGUGUAUCUCUUCAACCUGAGCUCCAUACAAAACUCGGAGAUGAUCCUCACGGCCACCUUCCACUUCUACUCCGAGCCGCCUCGGUGGCCCCGGGCGCGCGAUGUGCUCUGUAAGCCUCGGGCCAAGAGCGCCCCGUGCCGCCUGCCACCCCCGGGCCCCGCGCGCCUGCACGUGCUCUUCCGCAGCCUGGCACAGAACGCGGCUACGCAGGGGCUGCUGCGCGGGGCCAUGGCCCUGGUGCCCCCGCCGCGCGGCCUGUGGCAGGCCAAGGACAUCUCUGCCAUCGUCAAGGCGGCGCGCCGCGAUGGUGAGCUCCUCCUGUCGGCCCAGCUCGACUCUGGGGAGAGGGACCCCUGGGUGCCCAGGCCCACCCUCCACGCUCCCUACAUCCUCGUCUAUGCCAAUGACCUGGCCAUCUCGGAGCCCAACAGCGUGGCAGUGACGCUGCAGAGAUACGAUCCCUUUCCUGCCGGGGACCCUGCGCCCCGCGCUGCCGCCACGCGAAACAGCUCCGCGGACCCCCGCGUGCGCCGGGCAGCGCAGGCCUCCGGGCCGCUGCAGGACAACGAGCUGCCCGGGCUGGAUGAGCUGCCCGCACGCAUGCCCUUGGCCCCACACUUCCACAAGCAGGAGCUGUGGCCCGGGCCGUUCCGCGCACUGAAGCCCCGACCAGCGCGCAAGGAGCGCAAGCGAAAGGGCCAGGACUCCUUCCCGUCCACCGCCUCGCAGGUGCUGGACUUUGACGAGAAGACCAUGCAGAAAGCCCGGAGGAGGCAGUGGGACGAGCCGCGGGUCUGCGCGCGGCGGUACCUCAAGGUGGACUUUGCAGACAUCGGCUGGAACGAAUGGGUCAUCUCCCCCAAGUCUUUUGAUGCUUACUACUGCGCGGGAGCCUGUGAGUUCCCCAUGCCCAAGAUUGUCCGCCCGUCUAACCACGCCACCAUCCAGAGCAUCGUCAGGGCCGUGGGCAUCAUCCCGGGCAUCCCAGAGCCCUGCUGCGUUCCGGACAAGAUGAACUCGCUCGGGGUCCUCUUCCUGGAUGAGAACCGGAACGUGGUUCUGAAGGUGUACCCCAACAUGUCUGUGGAGACGUGUGGCUGCCGGUAAGGCCGUUCUAGGGAAGGCAGCCUCCCCCAGCGGAGCAGCUGCAGGUGCCAGGGGAGCAGGUGCCUGCCGGAGCCUGAGGCAAUGCUGCUGGAUCCAGAAGGGUCUUGGGUCUUCACUGCCGGUGACAGCCCCCCGAAUGCUUCCCGAGUCCACAGCCUGAAGGAGUCCGGAAGCAGCCCUGGCCUGAGGGUCACCCAGCGACUCACUGUCCUCAAGGCCUGCAAACCAGGCAAACCCAGGGCAUUGGACUGUGCGUUCAUCUCAAAACUUGGGAGAACUGUGCAUAUCUAGGGGUGUUCAGCCCUCCCGUGUAGAAAGAUCCUCGCUGUAAAGGCUCAGUUUAAAACUCUUCAGGCUACAAACUGGAAUUCCACUCCAAUGCAGGCGCUUUUCUACACACAAUCUGCACAUAUAACCAACCGCUGUGGGUUUCUUCCUUAUUAUAUAUAUUUUGUUUUGAAACAAAGGGUGGGAACGGGCACCAUUCCCCACAGAACCGCUGUGGGUUUCUUCCUUAUUAUAUAUAUUUUGUUUUGAAACAAAGGGUGGGAACGGGCACCAUUCCCCACAGAACCGGGCGGGCUAGGUUGAGUUGUUUCUAUGAGUAUGGAAGUAACAUAUACAGUAAUAUGUUGGAAUACUAAAAAAUAACCAAGAUUUUAUAUUUUUGUAAAUUAUACUUUGUAUACUGUAGAUUGUGUAUGUUCUGUGUUUCUAUGGAAAGCUAAUAAACUAAAGGGGUGGUGGCAACUUGAAAAAGUCAACUGUCCCCCAUUUUCAAACACUGA